CACUUGCCGGGGACAGCUGCAGGGGUCAAUAAGCUCCUUUGCGUAAAUGCCAGAGUCGAAACAUGUAUUGCGCAGAAUCUCCACUCACUUGCGAGUGAUUUACAAGGAGAGAGACGCAUCUCCAUCUCACAGGAUGCGAGCGGUGUGUUAAAUGUUAUUGCAUUGUUUUUUGGGUAGGGGUGCCAAACUUGCGCAAAAGGGGUAGCCUAUCUGAUUAGAGACAAGUAUUGAUUAUGUCGGCGAUACGGAGGAAAUUUGGCGAGGACUACCAGGUGGUGAACACUAACCGGGGCAUGACUUUUUCUGCGCCGGUGAAGAGAAAGAGACAGCGCUUUGUGGAGAAGAACGGCCGCUGCAACGUCCAGCACGGUAACCUUGGCGGGGAGACCAGCCGGUACAUCUCUGAUCUCUUCACCACGCUGGUGGACCUCAAGUGGCGCUGGAACCUACUCAUCUUCAUCCUCACCUACACAGUUGCAUGGCUGGUUAUGGCUUCAAUGUGGUGGGUUAUCGCCUACAUCCGUGGUGACCUGAGCCACGGCGGCCACGACUCGUCCUACACCCCGUGCGUCGCCAACGUGUACAACUUUCCCUCCGCGUUCCUGUUCUUCAUUGAGACGGAGGCGACCAUCGGCUACGGCUAUCGCUACAUCACGGAGAAGUGCCCCGAGGGGAUCAUCUUGUUCCUCUUCCAGUCGCUGCUGGGUUCCAUCGUGGACGCCUUUCUCAUCGGCUGCAUGUUCAUCAAGAUGUCGCAGCCGAAGAAGCGCGCAGAGACGCUGAUGUUCAGCCAGGACGCGGUCAUCUCGCAGCGGGACGGGAAGUUGUGCCUCAUGUUCCGAGUGGGGAACCUGCGGAACAGCCACAUGGUGUCCGCGCAGAUCAGCAUGCAAAUCAUCAGACGUUUCACAACCCCAGAGGGGGAGUUCCUGCCCCUGGACCAGUGUGAGCUGGAUGUGGGCUUUGGGACAGGGGCCGAUCAGCUCUUCUUAGUGUCGCCCCUCACCAUCUGUCAUGAGAUCAACACCAAGAGCCCGUUCUUCGAUCUGUCGCAGCGCUCCCUCAUGAACGAGCAGUUUGAGAUCGUUGUCAUCCUAGAGGGCAUUGUGGAAACCACAGGUAUGACAUGCCAGGCGCGGACAUCUUACACCGAGGAUGAAGUGCUGUGGGGCCAUCGCUUCCUUCCUGUCAUGUCCCUGGAAGAGGGUUUCUUCAGAGUUGACUACUCUCAGUUCCACAACACCUUUGAGGUCCCAACACCUCCAUACAGUGUCAAAGAACAGGAGGAGAAGUCCUCCCUGAAUUCGCCCAACCCUCUGCCCGCUGCACCCACCCCCAACUCCCCUCCGCUGGGUAACGGUGGCCGAGGAGGCCGCAGGGAAAGGCUGCUGUCAGCGGACUGCGCAGACCAUAUAGAAGACCAGGGACACAGGCUGCCCAGCAAACUCCAGCGCAUGAGCUCCACCAAAGAGGAGCACUUCCGCAGGGUGCUGAGGUCUGGGACAGCCUUGCCCGGGGAGAAGGCCUCCAGCACGGGAGACCUGCCGCUGAGCAUCCAGAGGUUGAGAUCCAGCUCUAUCCCUGCUGCGAGGCAAGCGCAGCCUGAGGAGCAGGUCCAGCUGCUGGCCCUGGACGGAGAUCCUGAGGAGGAGGAGGUGGAGAAACACAGACUGCCAUCAGCUCUUAGCCUCAUUGCUGCCCCAACCCCGACCUCAGUACAGAUCCCGUUGGCAGGGGGUCGGCCAGAGGACAACCUGCCCCCCAAACUGCGUAGAAUGAAUGCAGACCGUUGACUUUUGGACUAAAAAAAAAAAAAAAAAAAACUCUGAGAAUGAAAUCAGGCUUGGUUGGCAUUGCAGGUGUUCAGCAAGUAAUGGAGACUACUGUGAUAUCAAUUUUGGUCUUUUUUUUCUACAAAUUUUAUCAAAUAUUUUACAUUUACUUAUUGGCUUUGUACUAAGUUGUCCAUUCCCGUAAAUAGAAGGACAACGUCAAUAAGCCAUCCGUCCGCUCAUGCUGUGAGUCAUUUUUGAAAGAUCACCAUCUGUGCCCCCAACUGACUUCUGACACUUUUACCCUUGUGUUCACUUAUCUCUGCUCUAGAACUGCAUCAGAAACUGUCUUACUAACUCACAUGACAACACUUUUUAAAUUAAUAAAGCACCAAAGUGGCAAUCACAAAUAGGAUGUAUGCACUGGAAAAAAAAAAACAAAAAAAAACACAAAAGACCUGUGAGCAAGUGGUUGACAAAGGAUUAUUCCCUUUAUCUUUAAAAGUGGUGUGUGAAACCCUAAUGAUUUCAAAUCAUUAGGAAAAUCCUACUGCAUAAGUUCACCUUA